AUCAGGGUUUGAUUGCUUCAUUCUGACGAGUCCGUAUGGGUUUUUUUUGCUCUGCUUCACCGAUGUGUUACUGUCAUUGGAUUAUAAACACAGACAUGAUCACAUCAACGGACGGGAUCGAUUGUGGACGCACAUGUGACGAUAUAACGUGCUGGAUGAGAUUCUUUGUGUAGUUUCGGCAAGAUAAAGCUGUGUGAUGGCUUCUGAAGUGUGAUCCAUGACGCCAUGCUCAGACACGAUUGCAGGUGGAGACUAAAUGUGGCCGAAGUCUUGACGUGUACUCAAGAAUCAAGUCUAUCUUUAACCAUCCUGACUAAGUGCUGAAGUAACAAUCUUUCAAGACAUUUCACAAUUACUGAGGCUCUGAGCUCUUUUGAGUGGUGCCAUGACCAGUAAGGGUGGUGACCAUGCAGACACACUGAACCCCCCUUCUUCAUCCUCCUCCUCUUCUCGGUCCUCAGCAGCCCGUAAGCUGCAGGUGCAGCGCUCACUCUCCCGAGAUACCAUCACCAUACACUUUUCUGCCAAGGGAAAUGAGGAAGAGGAGGAGGAAGAAGAACUCUACAAGCUAGCCGUUUCUCCCUCUGGCCUUGAAACUGAAGAUCAGACUGUAGUCACUGCUCAGGAGGCCAGUGAGGAGCUUCUCUCUGAAGGACUGGAAGCGGUUAUUGUUGCAGGACUGUCAUCUCAGACCCACAGUUCUGCCUUGGCUAUACAGCACCCUUCCAUUAGCCUGGGUUGCACAUCCACUUCUAGUCUUGCUAGCUUCUCAUGGCCCUCUGAACAGAGGUCUACUGCCCCAGUACGUUCUACCCAUUCAGCUUCCUCCAACUCAUCCCCAGCCAAGGCCUCUGGUCUUCCCUCAAAGCCCUUCCUAAGCCUAGUGAAGUCCCUUUCCACUGAGGUGGAAUCUCGUGAGGUUGCUCCCCAGCCAAAAAGGAACCGGCAUUUGAUGAAGAGCCUGGUUAAGUCUUUGUCCACAGACACUGCUCGAUCCGAUCAGGAGGCUUUGACAACUCAUCGGCCCUCAGAUUCCCGGCUCAAUCUGCACCUCUUCAAACCUUUCACACAGACUCGUGUUCCUGCUGUCAGUGGAGACUCCAAAACUGCUCCCUCAUCCCCCCUCACCUCACCCGAUAGCCGCUCCUUCUUCAAAGUUCAGGAGGUGGAGGCACGUAUUGAAGACACAAAACGGCGUCUGUCAGAGGCUAUGUGUGAGCCCCUUCAACUGCUCAGCAAAAUCAUUGGUGAGGAACCUGGUGGCAUCACCUCCACAACUGCAGGAGUCUCUUACCGGUCCAGGAACCUUUCCUCCAGCGCCUCUGAGCUCUCCAACCUGUCUGCCCUCAAUGGCCACUCAGAAAGCAACAAUAACUACUGCAUCAAGGAAGAGGAAGACCUGGAGGGAGAAAGUCCUCUUGAGGGGCCAACUGUUGAGCUGCCUUUGCACAAAUCACCUUCUCUGGGCUUGAACAGGUGUUUUAUGUCAACACUUGCUCGUCAAGAAGAUGAAGAGUUUUGCGAGCUCUACACUGAAGACUUUGAGCCCUGCACUGACACAGAGUUAGAUGGAGAAGAACCUUGUUUAUCCCAAGUCCGACGAGGGAGUACAGGGGGAUGCAGUGAGGAACCAACUGAAGGAGGAGGGGAGGAGGAGGAAGAAGAAGAUGAGCCUCCAGCAGUACCCCACAACGCACUGAUUCUUCUUAUAUCUCUGGUUUACGGUUACUUUGUUUUGCCACUUCCUACAUAUGUGUGUUGGGUUUUGAUGGGAGUUGUGGCAGGAUUCAUGCUAGCGAUUCUGGUGGUGUGGUUGUCACCAAGAGGCAGAUCUUCAUGUGUCCGUCAUGGCAGCUGGAGCAGAAGAGAGAAAUGGAACCGGGUUCCUCUGGAUAUCAAAGAACCAGCCAUCCACAAGGGUUGGAUGAAUGAGAUCUACAGCUAUGACCCUGAGACGUAUCAUGCCACAUUUACUCACUCUGUGUAUGUGCGCCUGGAGGGCUCUGUCCUGCGACUGUCCAAACCUAACCGCAAUAUCCCCCGCCGGGCAACCUUCAACGAGCUCAAACCUGACGUCACCUAUGUUAGCCAGAAAAUCUAUGAUCUCACCAACAGUAAGAUCUACCUGGUGCCUCAUAGCCUGGCCAGGAAAAGGGUGUGGAAUAAGAAGUAUCCCAUCUGCAUUGAGCUGGCCAAGCAGGAUGACUUCUUGGCCAAAGUGCAGGGAGAUAAGUCUGACGUGGUGGAGGAGAAGCCCCCUGCAGCAGGAGACAGGCCCGAGGCUGGAGGCACUAGUGAAGAACCGAAGAGAGCGCACACUGAACCUGUACUGUACCUGUUCGGGAGGACAGGAAGAGACAAAGAGGAAUGGUUCAGAAGAAUGCUGCUUGCAUCCAAGCUGAAAUCUGAUGCCAAGAAGCCCUCUGGUCUCCCUACAAGCUGUCUGUCUCAUAGCAGCAGUCGUGGCAGUCUGGAUGAAAUGUUCCAGUCUCAUCCCAGACAAAAAGACCUUGAUGCCAGUGUCAAACAGAAAGUUCUGGAAUACAACAUCUACAUGGCCAAAUAUGUCAGCCAGACUGCAGGCAGCCCCUCCACAAGUCCUGUUCAGAGUGCUGGAAGCAGCCCAGAAAUCACCAAAAAGUUUCCAGCCAGUGGUGAGCAGGAAUCUGAGUCUGAAGCCUGGGUCAAUGCACUUUUAGGUCGCAUUUUCUGGGACUUUCUUGGAGAGAAAUACUGGGCAGAUGUGGUGUCCAAAAAGAUCCAGAAAAAGCUGAGUAAGAUCAGGCUGCCAUACUUCAUGAAUGAACUGACCCUCACUGAGCUGGACAUGGGAAUAUCUAUUCCUAAAAUACUCAGCUCCUCCAAACCAUCUGUAGAUCAUAAAGGCCUUUGGUUUGACUUGGAGAUCUCGUACAACGGCUCCUUUCUUAUGACUCUUGAAACCAAGAUGAACCUGACCAGACUGGGAAAGGAGGGGGAAGGCCUUGGAGAACAGGGAAAAGAAGGACUCAGACCACGCACUUACUUCCUGGCUGACAGUGAUGAAGAGUCAUCGAGCGCAGGAUCUUCUGAUGAGGAAGAUGCUGUUGAAGUGCCUGAAAUUCCAGGAGUGGAAGGUUUUGUUGGGGGACACAGAUCCAGCAAAAUCAUGCGCUUUGUGGACAAGAUUGCCAAGUCUAAGUAUUUCCAGAAAGCCACAGAGACUGAGUUCAUUAAGAAGAAGAUAGAGGAGGUGUCCAAUACGCCACUGCUCCUGACGGUGGAGGUUCAGGAGUGUCAAGGAACACUAGCUGUCAACAUCCCACCACCCCCAACAGACAGGAUAUGGUAUGGUUUCAAAAGUCCUCCUCAUCUGGAACUGAAAGCUCGUCCUAAACUGGGCGAGAGAGAGGUUACUUUUGCUCAUGUGACUGACUGGAUAGAAAACAAACUCAAUCAGGAGUUUCAGAAAAUAUUUGUAAUGCCAAACAUGGAUGACGUCUGGCUGCCUAUCAUGCACUCUGCCAUGGACACACGUUCCAAUGCCAAUGCCUUGAAGAAUGAAGAAUCUUUGGACCCUGAAGAGUCCCUUGAGGACAUGUGAAGAUCAGUUACUGUAUCAAACAAAAAAUAAAAAACACUUCAGUCCAAUGAGGGCAGGACUGUACCUGAGCUGAGAAUUACAGGUGCCAUAUUGCCCAUUGAAUAGAGCUGUGAAAAAUCUGAACGCAUCAAUAACUAAAAGAAAGGACAAUCUUGCUUGCUUGCAUAAAUAUGCUGUUGGCUCUCAAACAGGAUAAAAAGGGUUUUGUGACGUAACUAAAAUGCAUAGAGGUGAUGAUGAAAAACUCGUGAAGAAGCAGUAGAAGACUUGUAUGUGACUAGGUGAAAUGGAUACACUACCUCUGUUUGAUGCACGCUGACUUGCCAAAUGUCCUAGUGUUGCAUGAAAGAACCUAAACUUUGCAGAUAGGAAUUACAACCUGAGGGAUUUCACUGGACUUUUGGUAUGACAGGGUGCCUACAAACCACCUGGAAGGUUAAAGCAUUUGGGGCUUUGCAUCCUUGGGAUGUAUAGGACACGCUAUCAACACCAGUAAUGGAUGAAUCUGGUCAUUUUAACAAAUUUGAAGCCAAAAUGGGGCAUUUCCAAGAUUUGCCUAUUUAUGAUUUUCUCAUGAUUGUCAUAUGCUUCAAGCAGCAAAUAACAUAUUAGAUACAACAGACAUAGUAGUACCACCAUUAUCCUCUUCCAUUCACCGCUGCCUGAGGCCUAUGCGUGGCGUCUGAUUAUGCAAUUAGAUCAAUUUCACUGUGCUCAAGAGGGACUCCAGCCAAAUAACCUCUCAUCCCUAAGGCAUCCCUACUCAAGCAGGCUAUUUUAGAGGAUAGGCUUCAAGAGCUUUCUAAGCGAGAUCUCUCCAAUCAUCACCACUCUGCAAUAGCUGUAGAUCAGUGGUUCUCAAAUGUUGAGUUGCAGUCUGUUCUCAGACAACUGCAGGGAUAAAGUUACAAAGUUAGGUCAGAAAGAAACAUAGGCCUUUUUUUAAGAGAGGGAAAAUACUUUUCAAUUCUUUCUAAAGUUUGAAUGUCAUCUAAUCAAUCCUGGUAUAUUUUGGUACAAAUUCAUGUCACAGAACUCAAACAGAUCUGUCUAUUUGUUGAGCAACCUGAAGGAAAUUCAUAGUUUUUUAUGUUAUGAAUGUUUAUGGAGUAAUAUAAGAUCUGUGGUGAACAUGAUGCAAGAGGCUUACACAUUUGUACAUAAAUUACACUCAAAUGUGAAUUUUAAGCCAUUGUGUUAUUCAUAAUUUAAGUUGCUAAAUAAAGAGUAUGAUCCAUAACUUUUGAACAGACUAAAUAACAGACAGUUGCUAAUGUACUGUAUGUAUGGCCUGCCCUCGCCUUUAAAACCCAUUAAUGAAACUGCACAAGGUGUAUAAAGUACAACCCGAUAAAAUACAAUUUAUUUAUUUGUGCUGGCCACAAUGUUUCUUAUUCAGAUUGUCUUGUAAAAACCUUUGUAUAUUGUUGGGCAAUUAAUGGUAAUAUUAAUGUAUUUUAAGCGUUUGAUUUGAAAAGUUUUUUUAUUUUUUUUUAUUUACUUUUGAACGAGAAUACAUCUUGGACUGUGUUGGGAUGUCCAAUCUAGAAUCUGGGUCCUGAAGCAAAAUCGGUUGAGAACCACUGGGCUACGCCUCACACUGCAUGUCAGAUCAAGGCUCAAAAUAAGUGCUAUUCUAUUUCCAACACAGAUAUGAAGAAGAUUGUUGAAUGUACAAACAGCUGACAUUUUUGUCUACCUUGUUUGGCAUAGUUUGUCAAGUAUUGCUAGCUGUGUCGCAGUCAGGUAAACUUUUUUUAUUAUUAUUUACUGUGCUUGUAGGCCAAUGGUGUAUUAAAUCAUGUAGGUAGUUUCUGUUGGUUAAAAGUGGCAAGUGAACUUUGCCAUCCAAAAUGUAAGUUUCCAUAAUCAGAUAUUUAUUACCAUUGAUAGGUCUGAAAAUGUUUUGUAUCCAACAUCACAAGUUCUGUUACUUAGCUACUGCUAAGUUUUAAGUGAACAUGAAUUAUGGCUUUUCCUUAUGGCUUACUUAUGGAGGUCAUUUUGGACUGAAGUUGAAGUAUCAAUACUACAUGUAUUUUGAUUUUAAUGUGUUUUGGUAUCCGUUUAUGCUACGAUAUUUCCAUUCACACAACUGAUGUUUAGUGUGCGCUUUGCCAGUUGAUAUUUCCUUUGUGCAAUAUUUCAUUUGAAUAUUGUGUUCUGCCAUAUUGACAACACGACUGUGUGGAAAUUGAUAAAUUGCUUUUGCAAAAAUAA